AUGGCUGGUGGAGAGGGCGCUGCUGUCCAGAGCAAAGAGUCAGACAAGAUCUCCCGGUGGAUAACCGCACUCGCGCGAGUAGAUGAACCUUCAGAGCUGGAGCUUACAUCCACGCGACUAAUGCUUGACAAACUCGAGGAUGAUAGCUCUCGCAAAGCAUCUUUAAAGGCUAUCAUGAAUGCAGCUCUCAAGUGGAGACAGGCCGAUUUGUGGAGGCAGGCUGUCGAGAAGUGGUUAAAUACUCUCGAAUCUGAAGCUCUAGAAGCUCGGAUCGUCUUAAAGGCAAUCCAAGGCUUCGGGUUGAGCCUCGAACAAUGCUUCAAGACGGCGACAAACCCAAGGCUAGCCUUCCGCCUAACUGAAGAGUUGAAGAACCUGUUGGAGGCAUCGACUACAAAGGACGACACAGAGCCUCGCAUUCUCUCGUGGCUUAGCGAGUACCAAAAACGCCUAUGCGAAGCAAUCGCACCCACUUCUGACGACGAGUGCGACCGGAUUCUGCACCAUUGCCUGCAAUGGGGUGGUCUUACCUUCAUGUCAAUUCACUUGAGGGCACUCUCCGGGCCUUACACCUCUGCCUUUCUGCACGAGCUCUCAAAACGCAUUCGUGCUGAGCUCGUACUACCUGACAUCCCUCGCAAAUCAAAAAUUACUGCUGACAUGCUGCAUACCGCUGUGUUCAAGGCUCACCGGCUUUCAACUGCUGCAGACCGUCUCACCACCAUUAAGCCAAUACUCACCUCAUGCUGCGAGUUUGGAUUCCCAGAAAUCAUUCGGGAACUACUCAAGAGUGUAGCGCAGUCUUUGCGGUCAAGCAAGCUCGAGCGUAAAGAUGCACAGGCUAAACUGGAAUCAACCAUCGACUACUUGACACCCUUAAUGCUCUAUCUUCGUGACUUAUGCGUAUCUAAAUCCCAAUUUUCGGCUGUCGAACCAAUUCAGGGGGCGAUGCAGGACGUUCAAAAUGCAAUUUUCGACCUCCACUUAGACUGCUUCUCCCGUGAAAAGCUGUGGCUCAUCGACCGGUCAACACCCCCGUACUAUACACAUGACGCACAUCCAUUAGUAAAACUCUCGAAUGGUGGGCUUGGACUAUCUGUCUUACUGAAGAGAGCUAUACAGCGUGUUGAUGGGCCUACUGCCGUACCUCCGCAGGCAAUAUUCGACCUUCUCAUCGCAUAUAAAGGCGAGAAGGAACGUAUUUCGGCUUUCUCCGCGCUUGAAACCCUCUGGAAGUCACUUGUGGCCUAUUUUGCACGUCGAGCUGAUUUACCAAAUGCGCAGGAAGUACACCGUGUCAUGGAGAGGUGUAUAGACAGAGGCAUUGAAGAAGCAGUGCAACUCAUCGCCCAACGAAUCGCAGAUGAUCCUGUAUUGAUCAGAAAGGCGGACGAGCAGCGUGCUCUGGUCUACGACGGUUCCAGCAAGGGCCCCUACAAUGAAGGCGAGAUCGCCUUCGUAUACUCGUAUAGGGAUAGUAUUAGAGAGGUCUGGGCCCAGGCGCUGCGAACUCUGCUUCUUGGGUGGAUGGAGCGUGUUCCGGACCCUCCACAAGAGGAUGCGGCCCAGCUUCAGAAGAAGAUCGACCAUGUUGGAGAGCGAUGGAAGUGCGAACGCCCUGCAUGCGUCUCGGUGAGAGGGUUUUUGCUUGAAAGCCUCGCCGCAGGCUCCCGCGAGACGUAUACCCUCAAGAUGCUGGCGCUUGAUCCUCGGGUCCUCCAGCACCUCAAGGCUGGCUUGGACAACUAUGUCCCAAGUGAUAUCGCUACAUGGACAGAUGAGAAUGAGACAGGGAUAAAGGUGGAGCUCACGGGUAGUGCCAAGAUAUUACGUCUCUGGCUUAACCGCAAGAUCGUCGCUCAGAGUAUGCUUCAGGCGCCCAUUUUCAAGCCAUCGCCAGAGAAUAUUUUGGGCGCAGAACACUACCGGACGUUAGCAUCUUGGGCCAACGGACCUAAGCCCCGCAAUGCAGAGCAUCUGAGCCAAGUUGGAGAAUUUGAUAAGGACCAGCAGGAUGUCGAACAGGACGAACAGGGAGAACUUCAGGAGGAACAGCAGAUGGAUAGAGAUGCACGAGAGGAGCAGGGCGAGCAGGACAAAGAGAACAAGGAGGAAAAUCGGGAGGAGAGUAAUGCCAAGGCCGCAGGUGCUGGUGCGGACAGUGCAGACAUGGGGCCCAAAGCAGCUCAUAUUACCGCGGCGGUGACGGGAAAGCGGCCGCCUAGUUCUACCGGUGCGCGAGGUGACGGCGGACAACGUGCCAAGAAGUCGAAGACGGAGGUCCCGUUGAGCUACUGGGAAGUUGUCCAUCGGGCAAAUAUACACACGGUCAAGGAGACCCGUGUUGUACAUGUAUCUAGGGACCCACUCCGGCGAUAUGAGCGCAAGAGGCUUGAGUUUUGAGGCGACUUCCGAGCUCCUAUCAUUGUAACCAGUAUAUGGGACUCGUAGCCCUCAUUGCGUUCAGUGGUUAAGAUACAUAACACCUCGAGUAUGUACACAUCAUGCAAGAACCAUAUCUUGUCUGUGGGAAAGGGAGGUUAUGC